UUUUGAAUUUCAAAUUUGAAUGUGUACUACAAUACUAACACUAACGGCCAUAUAAAAUAAAACAAUAUAAUAUAAUAAAAUAUAAUAAUGUUAAUAAACAAAGAGGGUCAUAUUAAUUGUAGCAAAGUUUGGAUCUUUUGAGGUUUCAAAGUUGGAGUGAAACAUGGGUGACUCAACUUGUCUCAUGCAACCAUUUUGUUAUGCUUCUGGAAUUAACAAUGAAGCCAAUGAGAACAACACAAUGCAUGCACUUGGACAAUCAAUCUCAUUUGGGAGGUUCAUGUCAGAAUCUCUAGCAUGGGAUAAAUGGUCUAGUUUCUCUCAAAAUCGCUAUGUCGAAGAAGCCGAAAGGUUUUCGAGACCUGGUUCAGUUGCACAGAAGAAAGCUUUCUUUGAAGCUCACUACAAAAAACUUGCAGCUCAAAAAGCAGCUGCAUUGCUUGCUCAACAAGCAAACAACAAUGCUGCACAAAACAAUGUCAUAGGAAAACAAGAUAUUGUUGAAAGCAACAACUCUUCGCCGAAAAGUCCUAACUAUGAAGUUGUUGUCAAAGAAGAACCAGAUGCAAAAGUUUUGAGUUUAAGUUCUGAGUCAGAUGAAACUAGUCAUGAUUUAGAUUCGAGUAUAAAGACAUGUGUUGUAUCUGAAAGGAACAAGUUAGAAGAAUCUGAGACAGAAAUGGAACAAGAAGAAGUUUUAAGGAAUUCAAUGAAGGUUGAAUUGCAAAAAACGAUUGAAAAUGUUGAUACACUUCAAGAGCAAAGUGAAAAGUUAAGUGCAACACCUCCAAUCAUGACACCAAUAUUGAAGGUCUCUAGCUAUGAUCAAGAAGUUUUGCCAUCAACUAGCAAGAAGAAACCACAAAUUUCUUCUACCUUUAAAUUCUUAAAAGCUAAUGGAACUUCCAAGUUCACUACUACUACUACACCUGUUAAAUCCACUGCUCCUAUUUUUUCUUCCAAUAUAGAUAACUUUGUCACUCCAAUGAACAAAAAUCAUGCUGCAUUAAGCAAUGCAGAUAAAAAGAAACAAACUCCAAAGUCAGUUAACUUUACACCAAUUAGAGAAUUCAAUAGAUUGACUGCAUCAGUGAUGAGGAGAUUUGAAAGUUCAAAAGUUGGUACUGCUUCUUCCAAGGCUUCAAAGGAUAAUGUGACUCCUCUAAAAACACCAACUAUGGCUUCCAAAGAGAUGCAAAAGCAUUCUUCAUUGACUCCAUUAACAGAAAAGAAAAGGAACAAAACACCUAGUGAUUCGUCGGCUUCGCGCAACCAUACAGCCGGUCCUAAAUGGCGCUUGCUCUCCGGAGAAAAUAAAAUGAGAUCACCAAUUAUAUCAUCACCUUUCAGCUUGAGGACAGAAGAAAGAGCUGCAAGAAGAAAGAAGAAACUUGAAGAAAAGUUCAAUGCUAAUGAAACACAAAAAGUUCAGCUGCAUACAAAACUCAAGGAGAAAGCAGGGAGUGAGAUUAGAAAACUACGCCAAAGCUUUUGCUUCCAAGCCAGACCACUACCUGAUUUUUACAAAGAAAGGAAAGCAUCAAAUAUGGAGACAAGAAAGGUCCCUCCAAUACAUUAUGAAUCAACUAAUGAGGGAAGACAUCCUCCCACUCUUAGUAUGGAAGAGUACAAAACUUCUUUACCUCCUAACAGACCUUCAUUGAGAAACAUUGGCACCAAGAAUUUCAUGGGAAAGAAUGGUCAUCCUCUAACUUCAAAUUCCAUGAAGAUUAUUACAACUCAUGAGAAUACAUCACCAAAUAUUCAGCAUUGGAAGCAAAAUGUCAGAAACUACAAAUAAGUAACCAUGGUGAAACCAGAAAGAUGUUGUAAAUGUAGCUUCAGUGUACCACAUUAACUAGGCACCAAAGUUUUAGCAACAUUGGCAGCCUCCUUCUGACCCUUUUGUCUAUUUGUAAUUUCAAAUGUUCAAAAGCAUAAUUUCUAUGUCAUUUGGACAUAUCUUGAAUGAUAUGAUGGGUGAAAUGCAUGAUA